CCCGCGCGUGAGGAGGCGCUGCCGGCCGCUCUGCUGCCACGAUGCCCAUGUAUAAGGUGAGGCCCUUUCACGGGGGGCCUGGCUCGGCGGUGCGGGCCGAGCAUCUCCCCACCUGCAUGUACCGGGUGCGCAAUGUGCACCGCUGCUCCGAGGGCUCCGGCUGCUCUUCCUCCUCCUCCUCCUCGCCGCACCAGGAUGAAGUUGAUCCAUCACUUCAGGCACUUGAAUCCCGCCAGGAAGAGAUCUUAAGGCGGUUGUAUGAACUGAAAGCUGCUGUGGAUGGUCUCUCAAAGAUGAUCCAAACGCCGGAUGCAGACUUUGAUGUAACAAACAUAAUCCAAGCAGAUGAACAUGCUCCUUUAGCUGCCAGUGCUGCAGAGCUGGAUAAUUUACUUGGAAAGGACUAUGGUGCUCUGAAGGAUAUUGUGAUCAAUGCAAACCCUUCUCUCCCUCCACUGUCACUGUUAGUACUCCACAGCUUGCUGUGUGAGAACUACAAGAUACUAUCAGCGGUUCAUACACAUUCAUCUGUGAAGAGCGUGCCAGAAAACCUCCUGAAAUGCUUUGGUGAGCAGACUAAGAAGCAGUCCCGUCAUGAAUACCAGCUGGGCUUUACAUUAAUUUGGAAAGACGUGCCAAAACCCCAGAUGAAGUUCAGCAUUCAAACCAUGUGUCCUAUUGAAGGAGAAGGAAACAUUGCAAGGUUCUUGUUCUCCUUACUCGGUCAGAAGCAUAAUGCAGUUACAGCAACUCUGAUAGACAGCUGGGUAGAUACAGCCAUCUUCCAGCUGCAAGGAGGGAGCGCUAAAGAAAAGGCAGCAGUUUUGCGAUCCAUGAAUGCAGCUCUUGGGAAGACGUCCUGGUUGGUGGGAAAUGAACUGACGGUAGCUGACAUUGUGGCUUGGUGCAUGCUACAGCAGACCAAGAGUACCAACGGUGUUCCAGCCAACGUGCAGAAGUGGCUCAAGUCGUGUGAGAAUCUGGCACCUUUUAACUCAGCUCUCAAGUUAAUGAAGUAAAUUUAGAUUUAUCUAGAAAGGGUGACAGUUGAAACAUUUUCUACAUCUUGCCUUGUGGCUGUGAGCCUGGGACGUAAUGGUUGUUGUGUGAAUGACGUUUUAGAAGUUAACUGUCAAAGGUCUUAUGCCAAUAAAGACAUCAGAAUUGCCUUUUGUGAA